UUUGAGGUGUUGGUGUCUCAUAUCUGUCACUGCAGUCAGACUUAGGCUUCGGUGAGCUCUCUCUUACCAGUUGAAGGGAUAGAUGUUAACCUGGGCGACGAUCUCUCCGGUGGAGAUGUUUUGCACUGAACAGUCAAACUACUGAACUUCUGAAACCUUCUUGGUUAAGUCAAAUGAUCCCAAAAGAAGCUGUUGCAGAGACCGUGUGGAGACUGAAUUCUGUUGAUGGUGUAGGAAGGACCCCUUCAUAGUCAGGUGCAUGAGUCUGAGACCCGAUGCCACUGAAAGAGGAGAAUCUGAAUGAUGUGGAGCACAAAAAUCAGCAUAAGAAGAAUCAUGACUUCAUUAAAGGGGAGAAAUCUUCUAGUUACUCACAGACUCAUAAAACAGAAUCCACAAACCUUAAAGUCCAGAUGAGCGUUCACACUGAAGAGAGAUCUUUCACCUGUGAACAAUGUGGAAAAAGUUUCAGUCGAAAACAAGGCCUUAGAAUACACUCAAAACUCCACACCGGAGAAAAGCCUUUCUCCUGCAAACAGUGUGGAAGAAGUUUCCCACGAAAAGGAAAUCUUAAACUUCACAUGAGAGUUCACACUGGAGAGAAACCGUACUCCUGCCAGCAGUGUGGGAAGAGCUUCCCAAGAAAAGGAAACCUGACGGUUCACAUGAGAGUCCACUCCGGAGAGAAGCCUUACCCCUGCCAGCAGUGUGGGAAGAGCUUCUCAAUAAAAGGAAAUCUAAAAAUUCACAUGCUGAUUCACACCGGAGAGAAGCCCUUCACAUGCUCUCAGUGUGGGAAGAGCUUCUCCGUAAACAGACACCUUGAAGUCCACAUGCGAGAUCACACCGGAGAGAGACUGUUCAUCUGCUCUCAGUGCGGAAUGAGAUUUAAACAGAAAAAAACUCUUAAUUCCCACAUGAAAAAUCACAGUGAAGAAAAACCUUUCAUCUGCAAACUGUGUGGGAAGAGCUACAAAAUGAAAGGAAACCUUAAUGUUCACAUGAGAGUUCACACUGGAGAGAAGCCGUUUGCUUGCGAUCGGUGUGGAAAGAGCUUCAGGUACAAAGAAAGCGUUAAUAAUCACAUGAGGAUUCACUCUGGAGAGGACUGUUUCCUUUGUCUUCUGUGUGGAAUGAAUUUCCCAGACAGAAGUCACCUCGAGAAUCAUGUAAAAAUCCACACCGGAGUGAAACUUUUCAUGUGUCCUCACUGUGGAAAGAGUUUCAAACAAAGAGUGAACUUUAUGAAUCACUUGAGAAUUCACUCUGGAGAGAAACCUUUCUCCUGCCAAGAGUGUGGAAGGAGCUUCGCUCUUAAAGGACGCCUUGAGACUCACAUGAAACUUCACUCUGGAGAAAAGCCCUUCACCUGCCCUCAGUGUGGAAAGAGCUUCACAAAUAGAGGAAACCUUAAGACUCACAUUAGGGUUCACACUGGAGAGAAGCCUUACAAGUGUCCUCAGUGUGACACCAGCUUCACGUAUCACUCAGACAUGAAAAGACAUUUGCGGACUCAUUUUGGAGAGAAAUUGCUGUUAUUUUAAUUGUGGAAACUUCAACAGUUGUUGUUGCAUUUAUUCUGGAAAAAGACAAUAAAGUGGUUCAGUCUAAUAAAAACAAAUGGAAAGUCAUGUAAACGUGACACCAUCUUUAUGUUCUUUAAAAAGAGUUAAGUAUACUUUCCAUGUAAGACCUUUUCUAGUUUUGCAAACCAUUACAUCUAUUAAUAAAACAUUUUCCUAAUUCUG